AUGACUCAACCUCCCCUUCAGGAAACACAAGGACUUUUGCAGGUACUCAAGGCCCCUGUGGUGAACCAGUCUACAAGAUUCAUCAUGAACACCACCGGCGCAGAAGGCCCAGAGGCCUCUCACCACCUCCUCCGUCCCCCGUGUCCACCGCCCACUCCCGGACACCGGACACCGCCAGUCCUCCGGCACAGGGCACACAGACCUGCCGUCUUCCCACCAAAGGCCCCUAGAAUCAGAGCAGCCGAGCAUACUCAGCGCCCAGGGAACAAACUAACCCGGGCGCGUAGGUCUUUAAUCACCGCCACCACCAAAAGUAAAGAGCCGGGCAGAGCAGCGGCAGGACGCGGGCCCGUGUGCGGCGCGGCAGAGAGAGGCGGGAGCGCCUCUGGGCUCCUCCGCCGCCCGAACCCCCGCCGCAGCUCCGGCUCUCCCCAGCAGCCCGGCCCCCCAGCCUCUCCGCUCCCCACCAGCGCCACGCAAACGCUCGGCGGUGCCCUGGCGGAGCAGGAGACCCUCCGCCGUCCCCGCCCCCGCCCCGUCCAGGUGUUCCCAGCUGUUAGCCCCCCGGAGGCUUCGGGACCCCAGCCCCUCCACGGCACCGCGGCCCUCCACGGCCCCGCCGCAGCCGCGCGGUUCCGCAUGUCCCCCGCGCGGGGUCCCCCGGCCCCGGCCGACCACCGCCCCCAGCUGGCCGCGGCCUCCCGGCUCACCUGCGCCGCCCGCGCCCGCGGGGCCUCUCGGCACCCCAGCCCGGCUCCCGGCCUCGGCUCCGAGCGCGCCCGCCUGGGGCCGGCGUUGGCUCCGGCCGCGCGGGGCGGGGCGGGGCGCGGCUCCUCCCCGCCUGAGCCACCUGGGGCGCCCGCGAGGGGCUCGGCCGGGACAGGUGGGCCCAGCCCGGGAGCGAGCCGCCCGGGGCUCAGGCUCCUCGGAGAACCUCAGGGAUCCUCCGCCGGGUUGAAGGGAGGCCCCGGGCGACCUCCUAUUAGGUGA